UCAAUUGUGCGCUCACAAUAGACUAUAGUAAGGAAACUUAUUGCUUUGCCAAAACAAAAUGUGGAACCAGGAAGAACUUUUGAAGUGUAUUUGGCACGCUUUCACAGCCUUAGAUGUGGAUCAUCGUGGGAAAGUAUCCAAAUCUCAAUUAAAGGUUUUGUCUGUCAAUCUUUGUGAGGUGAUGAAGAUCUCUUUUGAUCCUCGUGGGCUGGAAAAUCAUUUCAAAGGUGACGAGUCGGGCCCUCUGUCCAACCAGGGAUAUGUGCACUACCUGAGCAACUACAUUCUCAAUAAGGUCCAAGACAAUUUUAACAUUUUGGAGUUGUUCAAGUUCUGCUGGACGUUGUGUUACAAGAAAAACAUCUGUGUUCGAGAUCUGCACAUCUCACAUGAUAAUGCGUUUAAAGUCUGGUGCAUCUUCAACAUGUUAUCUGAGAGCAAAUACCCACUGUACAUUGUAGCUCAGGAGAUUGAAUAUUUAUUGAAGAUGUUGACCAGUGCUAUGGGCGACAUAUGGAGUGGAAGAGACUUUGCGGGAUAUGAUCUUAAAAUGGAUUUGCCUGAUACAAAGUCUUUGACGGUUUGGAAGCUGAUUGAGCUUGUGGGAAUGCAUUUCUUCAAAAACAAAAGUGCCCAAACUCUGUCUACAGCCAUCAACGAAGUGUUUGAAGAGCUCAUUCUGGGAAUACUCAAGCAGGGACACAUGGUUAAACGAUGCCACAAAGGUAAAAACUGGACAGAGUACUGGUUUGUGCUUCAGUCCAAUUCCCUGGAGUAUUAUGGUUCAGAGGAUUUAAUGGAGAUAAAAGGAAAGAUUGUUAUAGACAGAAACUGCACUGUUGAGUCUCUGCCAGAUAAAGAUGGAAAAAGCUGUGUUUUUUCCAUCAAAAGUGGUGAGACAAGUUUUGAGAUCAGUGUAUCAGAUAAAAUGAAAAAGAAAGAAUGGAUUAAAGCCAUUGAAAAGUGCAUUCAGAUGCAAACGUUGGGGAUGUUGCCUCCUCAACGCCAGGCUCGUGAAGAACGGAGGGAGCAGAGGCGGAGACAGAAGGCUGCAGAGGAUCAGCUGGCGGAGCAGAUCAAGCAUCUACUGGUCACCAAUGAGAACAAACAGAAGCAACUGGAGGCUCUGGAGAAGAUGCGACUUGAGGUUGAAGAGCAGGUGGCGCAGAAGUCAUCAGAGCUGGAGCAUUCCCUUCUCCGCGUGAAGGAGUUAGAGGAUAUGUACCACAGCCUGCAGGAGGCGCUAGAAGACGGGAGACAGGCCAAACAAGACCAAGAGGCCAAGAUGGAACUGCAGGCUAGGCUUUUGGAGGAGGAGGCCUUGAAGAGAGCAGAGCUGGAGCAGAAGCACAUACACCAGCAGAGGGCGCUGUCCCAGAGCCAGGCCCAGAGACAAAAGCUGGAAGUCCAAAUCCAGGACCAAGAGAGGAGACUACAGGAGCCCACUCAGCAGCUGGAGAGACUGGAGAGGCAAAGAGACCAGGCUGACCAGCGUUACCAGGUUAAAUAA